AUGCAAAGUCCACUCACCACCGCCAUCCUCCUUCUGGCCACACUGUCGGCUGCAGUGUUCGCCUCGCCCGCGUCCGGCAUCACCGACGCCGAGGGAAGCGUCAAGGUCGUCCGCCAGUUUACCGGCACAAUCCUCUCGACACAGGCAGCAUGCCUCCAGUACAGCCAGAUAGCCAACAUGUCCGUCAUCGGGGGCAACAGCAGCUACCGCACCACCUUCCUCGAGCAGAGCCCCGUCGGCACCCUCGCUAACUCGGCCAUGCUCAACAAGGCCAUCCUCGUCGCCCCGAACCUGACCGCCGACGCCGAGCUCAACCAGGCCUGCGGCAACCUGACGGCUAUCGCGAUCCAGGAGGCGGCGACCAACUUCACGAAGGGUAUCGUGGCCCAGUUCACCUUCACAGGAAACCCAGCCUCGGUGGUUAACGGGCCGAUCAUUGCCGUCGUGGUCAUCCUGUGCUUGCUCAUCCAAGUGGGUCCUCUGACCGCAUUGUGA